AUGACCGACACCAUGCCUCAACCAACCCAAAACUCCUCCAUCCCACGCAACAACUCCUUCUCCGCCGAGGACCUCACCAAAGCCCUCAAAGCCUCCGCAACCAAAAAGUCUGGCGCCUUCACCUCUCUCCAGCAAGAUCACUCGGCCGUCCCACCACCAUCUCCACACCACUCAAGACCCGUCUCACGACGCACCUCCUUCUACGGAAGUCGGAGAUGA